AUGCUUGACGUUUCUUUGUUAUUCAUGCCAAGUAUGUGUAUUUAUGCUUAUGCACAUGAUGCAAACACUGUUCGUUGUACACCUGAAAUGCAAAGGAUCCUAGGCUUUGGAAAAAACGUCUUUAAAUACUGCUUGAAAUGCAAAAUAAAGUACAACUCGACUAAUAUGAAAGACGUGCAGUUUCACAAAAGACUGCACAGGACCUAUUUAAUCCCAAAAUGUGAAAAGAUCUGUGAAAAUUUUUAUCAAAAGGGAAACACGUUUUACUUUGGGCAUGAGGAGGUUGAGGCAAAGUGCAUUGUCAAGAAGCACAAAAGCCAACUAAGACUAAGUGAAAUAUGGGCCACCUCAACACUGUCAAAAGACAGGCUGUUAGCCAAUCUUAAAAUGGCAUUUCCCGACAUUGAUAAUAUAAUCUGA